AGAUCCGAAAGAUCACUGCAUUUUCUCCUGGAUCCAGAUCCCUAUGAAAUGCAUCACUACAACUUUCAUUGUGUGCUCAUGUUCUACUGUCACCAGGCAACAAAGAGACUCUUCUCAUUUGACAGCUCUGUUCCCUCCCGGGUUUCUAUCUCCUUUUACUUUGGUUUUAAAGUAGUGUUUUCUUCCAUAAGUUGGAAAGGUUUUUGGUUGUGUGUGUGCUGUUAGUUUCCGUGAGAGUUCCUGGACAGGAUUAGAAAACUAUCAAGACUCUUAAUAUCUCUACCUGGAAACAAUACAAAAAUAAUUAUGACUUCUGAAGUCACUGCAAGGCAGUUCAGUCACCUAAAUUCUCACAAGAUGCAUCAGAAGCAGCAUGAAGGUCUCUUAAAGAGAAUGUAUAUGCCUUUUGUGAGAGGACCUGAAGACAGACACUUUUUUCCCAGUUUCCACAACAAAUGCAGUAAUGCUUUUCUCAAAUCCAAUCCUUUCAUUCAACCUGAAGAUAAAUGCUACCUUUUAGCUCCACAUCGGGAUGAUCUGCCAAUAAUUAACCCUUCUUCAGGAUUUGUGAGCCCAGGAGGUGCAGUUGAAGCUAACCAAAUCAUGUACAGCAAAAACAAGGAACCCCUGGGGAAUGGUAAAGAUGUGCAGCCUCCACCGUCGGCCCCCUUCCCACAUACGACACCCCAGCCUGCAAACAGAAGACUCUCGGUAUUGGAAGAGAUAAAGCAGGACCAGCGGUGGAACUCAAGAGCAGUGCCAGAUAUUUCUCUCAGGGCAAAAAUUGGAGGGUGGACAAGUCCAGUAAAAGUUAUACCUGCUCCACCUAAAGUCAAAGGAAAUUUUUCGCCUCAUACAUUUGCAUUUCAUGUGGACCCAGACAUUAAGUCAAGUGAUCCUUCCUCUGAAGCCUUCAGAGAUGAGAAAGCACGGAGGUAUAUGUAUACCUCAGUGGCUCAAAGAGCAAAUGAAGACGUUCCCUGGGAUAGAAUGUUGGCACCCAAAGUCAAGCCUCCAGAUACAACAGCAGAGCCAAAGGCUGAUAGUGUCUCGCAGCGUUUUUCAUUGAAGCAGUAUGAACCAAAAGCAGAAACAAGCCAAGUUGUUGGAAGCCUCUGGGACAGAUUUCAAAGAAGAGCCUUCAUAUCACCGCACAAGCCAAUUAAUUUUGUUAGUCCUUCCUCUCGAACUCAACAGCUCCCUUUAUACACAGGCUGUGUUGGUGCAGAGAAUCCUGAUGACCUGGACAAUCCCUAUGUAGACGUAAUUGCUCACAGCAGAGUUCGAAAUGCAGAACCACAAUAUGUGAAAUCUUCCUACUCUCCAAACACCUUUGGAUACACUGGCAAGGUUCAUUGGUCAGCCACCCAACCAGCAAAUUCUAAUCUUCCACCAACAUCACCAUCAAUAAUUUCACGAAUGUAUUGUUACCUGGCUACGCAUGGGAAGCCAUCUGAAUUUCCGCAUAUGGGGCCUUUGUCACAGACACUUGUACCCACUGAACCUCAAAAUUCUUUCAAUAAGAUGGAGAAAAAAAGAAUUGAACUUUGAAAGAAUAUCUGUUUCUGACAGCACAACUCCAAGCUUCAAGAGAUAACAGGAAACAAGCAAGGCUGUGGAAUGAAUGCCUUCUUCAAGAAUGGUCAAGAAACAAACUUAAUAAGGCCAUGCCUUUAUGAUGUGGGACACCUUCUGUAUAUUCCAAAUGACCACUUCAAGCAUACACCGAUUAAUGCAUUUCUUUUUUUAAUGUACUUUCUCUCUUCGUAUUUAUUAACAUUUCCUCAUGCCCGGCUGCAGAGGCCACACAUGUCUGAGGUGCUACAUGCUGUGCAGCCCACA